AUGGGUCCUCCCGGCGAUCCAAACGGUGCUGGAGGAGUCCGCGCGAAAGAGGAGACGCGCCGGCCGGCUCAACAGCCUGAGAUCGACGGAGAAGGAUACACGCGCAACUGGAAGCUGAUCCUGGGGGUCGUUGCGAUAACCUGCGCGACGGGCUACCUCAUCGUGGCGGGACCCAAUGCGGCAACCCUCGACGUCGGGGAUCUGCGGGGGUUGGCAUAUUGUCGAGGUUACUGGGUUUGGCGCAUCGUCAAGGGGGCAACCGCCGCCGCACCAUACUUCACCUCGGAGCGAACAUACGAUGGGGCCCUGCACCCAAGCCUCGCGUCCGUCCACGCCGCGCUACCCGUUCCGGAGCAAAUCACCGGAGCAGUUACAGGCAUCUACGAGGCAUCGUACCUCGUCAUCGCGGGGGUCUACCACAUGGUGCUAGAUUCCGUCGUGGCGGGAACCUAUGGGGUGUCGCGGUUGCACCGGUACCGUGCGGUUGCGCGCAUCUACGUGGCGCUGUCUGGGACCCUCAUCAUGGCAGUCACGGGAACGUGCCAGGUACUGCACCUCGUCGGGGAGAGGACCUACUGUGACGUCGAGUCCGUCGUCGCGCCGGUGUCGGGCAUCUUCGUCGGAGCAGUCGCGGCUGCGGUUAACGGCAUCUCACAGCUGGGCCAGCGGGCUGGAAAGUAUUUCGCCGACUUGAACCCCAUGCGGCUUAUGCGCUACAGGUUCAGAGCGUAG